CUCACUCACUCACUUGGGCAUAUUCUUGCCUGUGCUUUUUCUUCCUCCUCCUUCUCCCUCUCUCUCUCCCUCCCUGUUCUUACCACUCUCAUUUAAAGGCAGCAGCGGAGGGAGGACAGCUGGGCACUGUUCUGUGCCAAGCUUUAGAGUCAUGUCUUUCUUCCUGACUCCAAUCUUGAUAGCAUUUAUCUUGGUCUUGCUCGGGUGGAUCUUUAAAAAUGAACACCCUGGCAAGAAAACAGACGAUCAGUCUAAAACCAAGCCAGAGUACCAGCCGUGGGUAGAUGAAGACUUAAAAGACAGCGCAGAGGACCACCAAACAGAAGAUGUGGAUGAGUUCCGUGAAUCAGAAGAAAACCUUGAACACAUCCCAUUCUCCAGUCCACGCUUUCCUGAGCAUGAAAUGAUUAAGAGGUCCCAGGAAUUUUAUGAACUUCUCAAUCAGAGGCGGUCUGUCAGGUUCAUAAGUGAUGAGCCCAUCCCGAGGCAGGUUAUUGACAAUAUCAUCAAAACGGCAGGAACAGCACCAAGUGGGGCGCACACAGAGCCUUGGUCCUUCGUGGUUGUGCAAGACGCAGAAGUGAAACACAAGAUUCGAGUGAUCAUUGAGGAUGAGGAGGAAGUAAAUUACAAGAAAAGAAUGGGAGACAGAUGGGUUAAUGACCUAAAGAAACUAAGAACCAACUGGAUCAAAGAAUACCUGGACACAGCACCUUUUCUGAUUCUCAUUUUCAAAAAAAUCUAUGGCAUAACUUCAAGUGGCAGAAAAAAGACUCAUUACUACAAUGAGAUCAGUGUUUCCAUUGCAUGUGGCAUUCUCCUUGCUGCCCUGCAGAAUGCAGGCCUUGUGACUGUCACAACUACCCCUCUCAACUGCGGGCCUCGCCUGAGGACAUUGCUGGACCGCCCUGCCAAUGAAAAGUUGCUGGUGCUCCUCCCUGUUGGGUAUCCCAGGAAGGAUGCCACAGUUCCCAACUUGAAGAGAAAACCCCUGGAGGAGAUCAUGGUGCUUGUGUAGACUGGGAGUUUCUCCCUUGCCUCUCUAUCUUUCUUGUUCUUCCCUUCUUCCCUUUCCCCUACACUCAGCAGCCACUCACUACAGAUGCUGUUAGGCCUUUUAGCACUCCAUUUCUCAGGGGUGACAGCCCCAAGGGUUAAUAAAUGGUCCUAAUCUCCCCAGCACUUUGGAUCUGAUGACUCCUAAGGCAAUGAGCAGUCUGAUGAGGUGAACAGACAACAUUCCAUUUAAACAGCCUUUCGUUGGCUGUCACAUUUCCCAUCCCUGUUCCAGAAUGGAAUUCAAGUAUGCCUUAAGUUCCCCUGUUUAUUUUAUGAAAUCAUCAGCAGUUUUGUUGGCUAGAGAGGAAGCAAAGAAUUAUCAGAUAAUUCAAUGAGUUUCUAGGAAAUUUAGCUUUCAAACUGAAAUAAAUUCAGACUAGUCACGCAGCCUUUCCCCUCAGA